GUCCGAAUAAGAGGAACAGGAGGAAUUGGAGUGGUAUGCAGCAGCAAAGCGGUCAGCCGCAGGUUCCUGGCGGCAAUGGGGUGCAUGGGCAAAGCACGUACUAUGGGGGAGGGCGUAGCUGGCCGAGGAAAGAAGACUCUGACGACAGGAUAAACAUGUUGUUUGCCUUUAUCGAGAGUCAACAGCAGGAGAAGGAGGAACUACGGAGAGCGGAGCUUGAAAAGAAGCGGUUGGAGGAAGAGAAGAGGAAGCUCGAUGAGGCCAUACAGAGGGAGGAAGCAGAACGUAGACGCACGGAAGAACUGGUAGACGCGAGGGCAGCCCAAGCAUUCAGUAAGCAACUGCAGCAGCUUGAGGAGCGAGUUAAAGGACAUGUGCACUCGACAAUUGACGCCAGAUUACCAACCCCGGAGCAGAGAGAUUCAACACUGCGUGACAAUCUGCCGCGAUACAUGCACGAUUCUGAUCCCGAAACGAGACGGGGGCUGCGCGCAAUGAUCACCCCUAGUCAGAAGAGGAGGUUGGUGUUAGAUGACGAAGUGUUGCAGCCAGAUGACCAGGUGGAGUUAGUUACCCCACAAGUAACCAGGAGGAGAUCGACAAUAGCACGGGGGAAAGCUCCUACUGGAGCCGAGGAGAAGAAGAAAGGCGUUGUGGCCUCGUGCUCAAAAUUAGGAGUUGUUGAUUUUGUUCUGGAGUUGAAGGAGAGCCUGCAAGCGAAGAAAGUCCCAGAGCUGAAGCAGAUGUGUAAGAACAAGAAUAUUAAGUUUAUUGUUAAAGAUCAGGCAAUCAAGGAGCUCGUGGCGGCGGAAGCUAGACUCGCGUACGAAGGAUGGCUUGAUGGAGUAGACAGUGGGGGAACCAAGAAAGAAAAAGGCUCGUCUGCGGUGGAGGGAGCGGUGCCAGCUAAAUGACGGUGUCCACCCCCAGCGAAGCUGCUCUGGGCUAG